AUGCUCCUGCUCCUGCUCCUGCUGCUUCCUGCCAUACUCUACAUUUCCCACCGCAUCGUGCGGCGUACUCUGGCCAAGAAGAAGCCGAGCAGCCAUGGCCUCACUAGCCACCCGCUGCUCGGCCAUCUCUACGCGUUCCUCAAGAACCGCCACCGCUUCCUCGACUGGUCGACCGACCUCAUCAUCGGCAGCCCGGAGAGGAGGAUGGGCUUCUGGAUUCCCGGGAUGAUCACCUGCAUCAUCACGGGCAACCCGGCCGAUGUCGAGCACGUCCUGCGCACCAAUUUCGCCAACUACCCCAAAGGCGACAGCACCAUCCCCGUCAUGGGCGACUUCCUCGGCCACGGCAUCUUCAACUCCGACGGGGAGCAAUGGCUCUGGCAGCGCAAGAGCGCCAGCCGUGAGUUCACCACGCACUCGCUCCGCGGUUUCGUCAUCGAUUCCGUGCAGUCCGAGGUCAGAAACAGGCUGCUGCCGUUGCUGCGACGCGCGGGGGCCAGCGGCGGCCACAAGGUUCUCGACAUGCAGGACGUGCUCGAGCGAUUCGCGUUCGAUACCCAAGUUGUCCUCGGUUUCUGA